AUGGCAGAAGUAGACAGUAAAGAAGCCGCGACCACCACUCUCAAUGAUCGUGACCGAGACUUUGGCGAUGGCCAGGUCAUACCGGCUGACGACCUCGCAAUGGACGAUGGCAUGCGUCGUGCCCUCAAAUCAAGACAUCUGCUCAUGAUUGCAUUGGGUGGUGUCAUUGGACCGGGCACGUUCUAUGCCACAGGAUUUGCAUUGGAAUACUCUGGUCCCGUGGGCUCAUUAAUUGGGUACAUCAUCAUUGGUAUUGAUGUGUUUUUGGUGACCCAGGUACUUGGAGAAAUGGCCACGCUCUUUCCGUCUACGGGUUCGUUUAACGAGUUUGCUGGUCGCUUUGUGGACCCUGCUUUGUCGUUUGCAUUAGGGUGGAAUUAUUGGUAUAUGUGGGGCACAAUUUUGGCUAAUGAAUACAACGGCGCCGCUCUUAUCCUGACUUACUGGACCGACAAGCUCCCUAACUACGCCUGGAUUUUGAUCUGUUGGGCCUUCUUCAUGUGUACCUCCCUGUUGGGGGUUCUGGUUUACGGAGAAAUGGAAUUUUGGCUCGCAUCUUUCAAGUUUGUCGUCGUCAUCAUUCUCUAUAUCAUUGCUAUCCUCCUAGAUACCGGUGCUAUUGGCGGUGACUACAUCGGAUUCCGCUACUGGCGCGAUCCCGGUCCCUUCGCAAACGGCAUCAACGGGUUCGGCAAAGUCCUUGUCUUAGCAGCAGUCAUGUACUCAGGAACCGAAGCCAUCGCCAUCACAGGCGGAGAAUCUCGCAACCCGAAAAAGGACAUUCCCAAAGCGUUGAAACAAACUUUUUGGCGAAUUCUGAUUGUAUAUAUUGGCAUGGUGUUUUUCACGGGAUUGAUUGUGCCGUCUGAUUCAGAUGGUUUGUUGAAUGCGACGUCCAAAUCGGCUUCCUCGCCAUUUACCGUUGCUUUGAACAAAGCUGGCUGGAGUGGCGCUGGAAACUUGAUCAAUGCGAUUAUUGUAGUCACCCUUUUGUCGUCUAUCAAUUCAGCUAUCUACAUCGCCAGUCGUUGCAUAUACGCACAAGCCAAAUCAGGCCGUGCACCAGCAAUCCUCGCCAAAACGACCACAAAUGGCGUCCCUGUCAACGCAAUCGUCUUUACCAACCUGUUUGGUCUGAUUUCGCUGCUCAAUAUUUCCGAAAAUGCCGGUAACGUGUUUACCUAUCUACUCGACAUUUCCGGCUCGGCGGCAUUCGUCGCUUGGGCGUUCAUCGGAGUUACUCAUUUGCGUUUCCGUGCUGCCAUUGCCGCACAGGGAAUGCCACUGUCUUCACUGCCUUUCCAGUCCAAGGGUUAUCCAUACAUAUCCUGGGUGCUGGUCGUUACCAACAUCUUUCUCGUUUUUAUUUCUGGAUAUACGACUUUGUUGAACCCGUUUGACGUCAAGGGAUUCGUUUUUUCGUACCUAGUCAUUCCUCUAUUUAUCAUUUUGUAUUUUGGAUGGAAGCUAUGGCACAAAACGAAAUGGGUCAUUGCAGCCGAAGCAGAUAUUGUCAGCGGACGACGAGAUUGGCUGGGKGGGAUCGAUGAAGAGGUUGCUCGUAAAGAUUUCUUUGGUAAAGUGAAGGCACUCGUCAUCGGUUAG